UUCAACAUGGCACUCAGAACUCUCUCUGCCAAAAGCGCGGCGGCGCUGGACCAGGACCUCAUGUCGUCUGGAGCGUUCUCUCUCGAUCAGCUCAUGGAGCUUGCUGGUCUCUCGGUAUCACAAGCAGUGUUCAAGCUACAACCCCUCAGCAAGGGCAACCGCAUCCUCGUCGCAUGUGGUCCCGGGAACAACGGCGGCGAUGGUCUUGUUGCGGCUCGCCAUCUCUUCCACUAUGGCUACCAGCCCACCAUCUACUAUCCAAAGCAAGGCAAAAAUGACCUUUACCAGCGACUGAAAAAGCAACUGGAAGAUCUCAAAGUGCCGUUCACCGAUGACUUCACAGGUGCUCUGAAACAGACCGAUCAUAUUGUGGACGCCAUCUUCGGGUUCAGUUUUUCUGGCCAAGUGCGCGAGCCUUUCCCCAAAGCCAUUGAAGCAUUGGCAUCCACAUCCAUCCCUGUGCUGUCGGUCGAUGCGCCAUCAUCCUGGGAUAUUGAAGAGGGCCCGCGAGACUCGGGGCCAGGAAAGGGCUUCAUGCCACCCGCGCUCAUCAGCCUGACAGCACCAAAACCCCUUGUCAACAAGUUCACUGGCCGGCAUUUCCUUGGUGGAAGGUUCUUAAGCCCAGAGAUGGCAGAAAAGUACAAUCUUGAUAUCCCCAAGUAUGAAGGGUUGGACCAAGUUGUUGAAGUACCAGCUGGAGGCGGCAAGUUGUGAGAGGAUUGUCAUCUGUGAUGCAGAGUAGUUUUUUUUGGUCUCAAAUAAAGCUUAAUACUCGGGACUUAUCCCGC